AUGUCAGAGGAUGAGUCAUAUCUCAGAAGUGGAAAGCCAAAAAACAAAAGAGGCCGACCCCCGGGGCGACUUUCGAACCGUGAACCUCUCAAACCUUAUGAGUAGGAUAUCUUUUCCCAAAAAAGUCAAUAAUAUGACAAUUUUCCAGGCCAGCACCAGAACGUGUGAUGGACCCGAGUGAAAAGCUUCAAUUGGCCGAACUUUUCUACAAGAAUUUCACGAUUUUCACGAGUCCACGGUUUCAGAAUUAUGAUUUGAAAGGAAUAUGAAAAAUUUGAAUUAAAGGUACCAAGAGGACGAUUAUAUAUGUCCCGAGGCGAACCUCAAAAAAUGGCUUUUGGAGGAAUGGGCUAUUACUUUGUCAACGGUAUAGAUUCAAAUUUGAGCUUUGAGAAGGUAAAAGGAUAUUGUUACAGUUGGAAGUCACUUGGACACCUCAACUUGUGUGGAAAACCCUGAAAAGCAUGUUGAUGGAGGUCGAGGAAUACCGUCUUCUUCAGACCGACGUCACCUCGGUUUGGUUUUUUUAGGACCCUGAAAAAGCCAUGGUCGCAUUUGGAAUGGCUCUAAGAGUUACUGUGGAAAAGCUUCUUUUUCGUGAUUAUUUCCGAUAUUUCUACGCGGAGUCGUUCCUGGUCGGGCGCGGCUUUGAGCCAUUCCACGGGCGACCCUGUUCUCCUAUUGCGAAAAAUUUUUAACUUUAAUCAAAUUUUCAGGUUUUUUGAGCACUUCAGGUUCAAUAUAGUCUAUUUUUCCUCAUUUUUUUAAAUAAAAUUUCAAAACUUCAAAAUCAACUAAUACUUUCAUAUUCACGAGGAUUCGAAAAUCUUCUCUUAAAAAAAUAGACCACAUUAAUUUAAACUUACGAUUAUUUUCAUCAAACUAGCUUUUUUUCAAAUUUUUUUAAGAUUUUUGGAUUUGUUAUGUUAAAAGUUUCUCAAAUCAGAAUGUAUUCUGAGUUUUCCGGCUUGAAAUAAAGCAACUUUUAGUUUUUUUUUUUUUUUGAUUUCUGCUCAAAUUUCUGCAUUUUUCCGCUUCUUUUUUUUAAAAUUAUGACCUAGAAUAUUGAUAAAUCAAUGUGAAACUAUAAAGUUUAUGCUUAAAAAAUCCAUUUUGAGUGUUUUUAGUUCAUUCUUAAAAGUAGUAAUAAAUUAUUUAGAAUUGAAAUCGAUUUAGAAACAAUUUUCAGUGCGUGAAACUGGUCUACAACGCCUCAUUCUCGCUCCUUAAUCACGUCGGCGACCUCGCCCAUUUGCAUCAUUACAAUGUGGAGAAAUGGCUUCACGAAUAUGAGCAACAAGUUGCAACGGAUUACUGUAAAACCAAGGAAAAAUCGAUAAUUGAUGAAAGGAAGUUUUAAGUGGAGAAAAGGGACGAGGAGCUGUUGAAAGGGGCAAAAUGCGAACUUUCGUCCGAAAUGCGGCGAAAAAUCUCGCGGGCCUACUGGCGAAACACGGAGGCUUAUGAUCAGCUUCCCGUUAGGUUUGGAAAACAAUAUUCUUUUUUUUUUGAUUUGGGGUUCUUUAACAAGAAGUUGAGUUUGAGACAAAACAUUUCGAUUUUUUUUUCGCUGGAUUUUUUUAGAACAAUUUUUCUUCAAGGAUGUCUAGAUUUGAAGUUCACUGUCAACCUUUUAUUCAUCACUGAAUUUCUGAAAAAAAGAUGUUUGAACGAAUAGUGAAACAGUGAACUCAGUUUAAACAAGAAAGUCACGGAGUUUCUGAAAAAUGCUCCUGAAAAUAUUAGAUAAAUAGGGCGAGAAGGUAAACUAACUUUUGUUUUAAUAUAAACAAAAAAUACAAGAUUUUGAGCUUUCUCAUUGCAUCGAAAAAAAAUGAAAGAGUCAAGAAGUAGGAUUUCAAAACAUGGCCAAAAAAAAAAACAGAUUCACAAAUUUUCAAAAGUUUUAUUAUUUUUUUUCGAAUUUCAGAGGUUUUCUUCUAAAUCUUCUUCUAAAAAAUAAUCUCAGAAAUUAAGUCCGGUAAUAAUUAAAAUAAAAAACAGGUCUAAUUGGAAAAUGAAACGGUUUUUAAAGGAGUUUUUUGAACUUUUUGAAAAAAAGGAUACUGCAGAGAAGAAGACAACCGAAAAAGAAAGGCUCUGCUGGAAACUUGGGCAAAAAAAUUUGUCGACCCCAAAAAGGAAAUUUCCCCGUCCGAUGUCGAACUUUGUAUUGCCGAUUACAAAAAAAGAAAAACUGAGCCUGAGGUGAAUUUUUUUCCUAAUUUUUAAAGAAAAAUUAAUUAUUUUUUUCAGCAACAAGAAAUCGAUAAGGCUGUGGCUGUGGCGUAUCGCUGGGACCGAUGUCAGUUUUUUUUUUAUUUUUAGGAUUUUUUUUGAUUUUUAGACAGGAUUUAUUUUUGAUUAUCCUUAAAAUAUUUUUUAAGUUUGUUCUUAUCGUUUUUUUUCAAAUUUUUUAAAACUCCAUUGUUUCAAAAACAGGUUGAUCAUCGAAAUUUUUUUCUAAUGUUUUUUUCGAAUUUUUCGAGGUUUUUUUCGUUUCUAAAGCAGGUAUUUGGGUGAUUAUCACAAAAACAAAAUAAAAAAACGUUUUUUUCGUGAACAUUACCAUCUUUUUAGAGUAAUUUUUGUUGAAAAUUCAACUUUUUUUCCACUUUGAAGUUUUUUUCAGAAAAAAAUAAUAUCACUUUUUCAGUUUCUGACUUGCUGGGUGAACUUUCUAAAUUCUUUUUUUGUAAAAAAAUUUGAGCUCAUGAUGGAAUUUAUCAAACUUAUGAGUAAAUUCGAACUUGAUCGAUUUUUUUGGCUAUUUUGAAGAUUAUAUAAUUUUUCUUUUUAUCAAACCUUUUUAAUCAUUUCGAGUUUAUAGUCCGAAACGGGAAUAUCAGACUCUUGUGAGAUCUUCCAACCAAGAAAAACUCCUUUUUUUAAAAAAAUUCAAUCUUUAUAAGUUUUUUUCAAGUAUGAACAUUUUGUUCAUUUUCUUACAACUCCUUUAUUUUUCGUAAAAAUCGGUUGAAAAGCAAGAUUUUCCGUCUAAUAAUCAUCUAGGAUGUCUAUUUUUUUGAAUUUAAAAUAACGGGUAGUUUUUUUACUUCAUUCACCAUUGCGAGAAUGGUCCUGGAAUCACAGUUUCCUAAAAAUCAUUUAAGUCAGAAUGUCUUUUUUUUUUUCGCAGGAUAUCUCCGACGAAGUGGAAGAAACGCCGAAUCCAGCGGUCAGUAUGAGAAAACGGAGGAAAAACGACACGGUUGAUGUUCGAAUAUCAUUUCUUUCAACAAAGAAAAAGAAUUUUUUUUUCAGUCCGACUCUUUUUUGUACCAAAAACCCCUCGGAUUGUUUCUGUUCUCCGGAAGUAUUCGUCAACAAAUCGCGUCCUUCAAUCCGGACAAGAGUUUCGAUGAAUGUACUCAGCUGAUUUAUGCGGAGGUGGGUGCUGAAAAUCACCAUGGAAAAAAAGACUUUUCCGAAAAUUCCUGAACCAUUUCAAAAGUUUUAACCGACUUGGAAACACCAGUGGUCCCUUGAGUGUUAGGGAAAAAAUAGUCCCUGUAGGGGCGAAAUAGCGCUCCCUAUAGGGGUAAAGUUCAGGCGAUCCCUGUAGGGGUUUAGGAUCUGACAGGCCCCUUGAGCUCAAGUGGCCCCUAUAUGGGUCUUUGAAUUUUUUUAUUUUGAUUUAAAAAAAUUAAAAAAAUAAGUAUAUACUAAAACGUGAUUGAUUAAUUUUCCCGGAAAAUGCUCCCCUAGGGUGGCCACUUUUGCAAGCUUUACUGCUCCUGCAGGAGGAGGUAAGAUAGUCCCCAGAGGCGGAUCUUCAAGUACCAAAAAGUUUGCCCCUUCAGGGAUCACUCUGGCUUUUCCAAGGAUUUUUUCACUUUUCCCGUUUCAAACAUCAGAUUUACACGAUUAUCGCUCCGGGAUACCUUUUACCGUGAUAACCAAAGAGAAAAUACGGAGAUUUUUUUCCGUUUAAUCAGAAAAAAAUUUAUUUUUUUAAAUAAUAAUCAUAUAUUCAAACAAUUUCAACGGUUUUGAAUUAAAAAAAGAAUUUCUGUUCAGUGGCAAAAGAAGUCGGCUCAAGAGAAGAGUGAAUAUCAUGCGGCGGCGAAAAAAAGUCUCGAAAGAACGAACCGAUAAAUUCCGCGACAUGAUUGGCCCGACGCUUUUUGUCCCCAAAACUCUCAAAGUAUAUUUUUUUUUUUGGACUUUUUGAAAUUUUUCACCGACUUUUUUAAAGGUCAUUCCCGUUCCAGCCACCCUUGAAGUGACGUUGGUCAGAAUUGAUAUUUAUCAGGUACAAAAUCUUCAAAUUUUCCAAACAUGAUGAGUUCUGUACAGAAAAGUUUGCUCAAACGUAUCCCGCAAUUUCGGAUUCCAAUGCCUCGAGCCUAUUAUGGACGCCAACAAUGGGUGGAGCCCGAGAGGCGUUUCCAAGCCAGUUCCAUUCGCAGGUUUUUUCCUUGGAAAAGAAUUUUAAAAAUCAAGCCGGUGUGGCACACGGUAAAAUCAAUAAUAUGCAGUUUUGAAGAAAAGAAUAACUUGAACUUUCAGAAAACUGUUUUCGUGAUGUACUUUUCUUUCAUCAAGUUUAUUUUUUUAGGGGAGGAGACUGGAGCCAUUUGCCGUUGGAUGAGAUCCUGAAAGGAAAAGAACGGGCGAAGAAUAUUGGUAACUUUUUUUCUGUUCUUUUUUGUAAAAAUUUUGGCAGUGGUUUCAUUGAAUUUUCGAUUUUUGUUAAAAACUUGUAACCUUCAUUUUUUGAUUUCAGUAGAAGAAAUCAGCGCAUUUAUCGCCAAUUACUACGAUGAUGGAGACGAAAUUAAAGACGAAGAUGAAGUUGAAGAAGAAGAAGUUCAGGGAGAACCGGAAGAGGUUGAACAACCGACUGAAGAGGUUGGUUAAGGGAAUUUCAGUGAAAAAAAGGAACCUUCCCGAAAAAAAUGAUUAAAAUUUAAAAAAAAUACCCUGGCGGCACCAUUUCAAUUUUCCCUUCUCGAAAUUUUUAAAGCGAAUUCAGAAACUUUUUCCUCAAUUUUUAGGAUUAUUUUUAUUUCGUGUGAUAUUUUUUUCCUCAAUUUUUUAUUCUUUUGGAAUUUUUUUUCAGCCACGAUCCGAACCUCAAGUAAAAGCCGAGCCAAGUGACGAGGUCGAAGAAGUUCAAGAUUUUGCCGUCAAAGAAGAACCCGUCGAAGAAACUGUCGCGGAACCCAAUGAACAACCGUAAAUCAUUGAUUUUUGAUGAUUUUGUUAAAAAAUAGCAUUUUCAGAGGUCCCAGCGACCCUCAAAGCAAUGCGAUCAGCAAGUUCUACAACAAGGAAGGUUACAAUGUGAAGGGCCUGAUCGAGAACGAGAUCACCAUGAUGGGACUCUACCCGGUUCGGUUUUCAUAGUUCUAGUUAGAAAUUUUGAUUGAAAUUUACAACAAUUCUCACACAGCUGCUAAAAAAGAUUCCAUUUUUUCCAAGUUUUGGUGAAGAAUAUUUUUGCUACUGGCAAAAUUUCCAGUGAACUCUUCAAGGUUUCACCGCUUAAGUGGCCACUAUAGCUGUCAAAUUAGUGACCACUUGAGUAGCUAAAAUUUAACGGCCUCUUCUGAAGGCAAAACUUCAGAAAAAUGGGGAAAUUUCCUAUCUUUUUGGAUGGCGUAAAAGUAAGAAAAGUUCUAGGAUGGAGUAAUUUUGUAGGCCGAAUCGAAUGGCACUUACAGAUUUUUGAUAUAUUCUCAAUAUUCGUAAAACUAAAUCUAGUCAUAUCCCUAUUGGGAGCAGUGAAUAAUGCCGUGUUCAAAGUAAUUUCCGCAAAAUUCAAAAUUUUCUUUGACGCUCCCAAAUUUAGUUGUCUUUUUCACUCUCGGAACGCUAUUUUGAAUUUCGCGGAAUCAAUUUGAACACGAAGUAACCUUGUUCAAAUUCAAAAAGAGAAUUGGUUGAAUAUAGUAUAUGAGUCUUUGUAUUUUUCUAUUUGGACGCAUCAUAAAGUUCCGGAAUUUCGUUUAUCAACUUUUGAAUUACCGCUGAAGCGGGUAAAGUAGAAAAAAACGAACUUUUCUCAUCAUUUUCUUGUUGAAUCAAUAAUAAUAAAGUUUCAUUUGAAAGAGUUUGAAAAAGUUUUAGUCCGGUCCAUCACACGCGAUUUUCGACGUCGUUUCGAUGAAUGGCGAAGUCGGUCGAAUGGUUUUCACACGACAAGUUGACCGACGAGGCGACGCUAUCUACUAUCUUUGGACAAAGUUUGUUUUCUCAUAUUUUCAUUAGAUCGCUAGAAGAAAAAUCAGCCUUUUUUGUGAAAGCACCCAUUUUCUUGCCUCCGUGAAUCGACUAUGAAUUUCAUAUAAUUAAAAGAAAUUCCUUCCAGAACACUGGAAAUCCAUUCAUCAUCGCCGGUGACGAUGUACGUUUGUGUGACCUGCGAGGAGAUGGCCAAUUUGGAGAGCCAAAAACCGGGAAGACAUCACAAAUCCGCCAACCUCCUCGCCAAUAAUCUUUGCCAGGUGAAUAAUGUUCGAAAGAACACACUUUGAUUAUAUGACUUAUAUUUUCUUAAAAAAUCUGCUCUGAAAUUUUCAGAAUCGCUGCCGUUAAAAAGAUACGAAAAUUAGAAGCUUUUCAUAACUUUUCUAAACAAUCCGGCCAAGUUCCAUGAAAAUUCCCGUUUUUUAGAAUAAUAGUAUCGUAAACCUUCAGAUCACAGACCUUAAUAACGAAACUCCAUGUCCCAAUCACGAACAUUUUGGGAAAAUUCCAGAAUCGCCCCCCACACUGUUUUUGCCCCCCGCGUUCCAACAAGCCCCCCCACCAAGCCAAGUUCCGAUCUGCGGGGGGGUUAAAUAAGAGGACUUCAUGUGGGGGAGGGAUCGAACGCGGGGGGUGAAUAUGUAUUCUAGAAUGGCCCCCCCGCAGUACAAAAACGGGGGGCGAUUCUGAAAUGCCUAGGCAAUCUUUCAUUUUUGCCCCCCGCACGGCUUUGAAAUAGUCCCCCAGAGCUCAUUCGAACAAGCCCCCUCCCAUUUCUGAAUGACCCCCCUCUCAUUUCAGAAUGGCCCCCUCCAUUUCAGAAUGGCCCCCUCCCAUUUCAGAAUGGCCCCCUCCAUUUCAGAAUGGCCCCCUCUCAUUUCAGAAUGGCCCCCUCCCAUUUCAGAAUGGCCCCCUCCAUUUCAGAAUGGCCCCCUCCAUUUCAGAAUGGCCCCCUCCCAUUUCAGAAUGGCCCCCUCCCAUUUCAGAAUGGCCCCCUCCAUUUCAGAAUGGCCCCCUCUCAUUUCAGAAUGGCCCCCUCCAUUUCAGAAUGGCCCCCUCCCAUUUCAGAAUGGCCCCCUCCAUUUCAGAAUGGCCCCCUCCAUUUCAGAAUGGCCCCCCUCCCAUUUCAGAAUGGCCCCCUCCAUUUCAGAAUGGCCCCCUCUAUUUCAGAAUGACCCCCUCCAUGUCAAGUAUUUUUAUUUAUUUGACGAAUUGUUCACUGUGGCUCAGUUUUUUUCGAAGCGAGCCACAGUCGGCUUCGCGCUAUGCGCGCUCCGCCUCCGUGUGAAGCCUUAAAACUAAGCCUAUUUUUCCUUAGUAAUUUAUUAAUUAAUGUGCAUGAAAAGAAAAAGCAAAAAAUUCUAUUCCUCAGAACAAUUACUUGAUUGAAAACUAAUAAAGUUCAUCUUAAAUUUUUCUAAGUGGUCAGCGCCCCAUAAUAUUAUGAUAUUCGUACGUAUCUCGGCAAGACGUACCCGUAAACUUCUUUGUCUGACUUGAACUUCUCAUGAAACUCGGUCAGCGACCUAAUUUCUUCCAUGAUCUACAAAUCAAAUCACAAAAAUUAUUAAAUUCACAAAAAAAGAACACGAAUUUGCAUGCGAAAAUACAAAAAAAAAACCAUUUGAAACAACCAAGAACGACGAAUGAUACGAAAAAAUUAGAAAAUAAAUUAAAAAAUGGAAGCUGUGACACGUGUCCUGCGUGAUCGUUGCGUGACCUUUUUUCGGUGUGGGGGGUUAUACUGGAUAGUUCCGGGGGGCUACAUUGGAUAAGUGUGGGGGGGCUUGUUCGAACGUGUCGCGGGGGGUGAUAUCCAACAUAUGCGGGGGGCUAUACUGUAAUAUGCCCAACAUUUUCGAUUCCAGCUGUUCCUUCCAAGCCUCACGAUCGACGAGCAGACCCUCCAGCCGGCGGCUGUCACCUGGUACACCCAGGAGCCGCGACAUCGCUGCGUUCCUUUCUUCUCGAUGCUUCUUGUCGAAAAGUUCACCCGAAACGUCUUGAAAGCGUACAAAGUUCACGCACCCGUCCCCUAA